CGCGCGCCCGCGGGGCCCCUCAGCUCCCCUAGACAUGGCGCUGAGGCUGCUCCCGCGACUUCGGCUCGGUGCCCGGCUGCCCGACUUCUUUCUGCUGCUGCUUUUCAGGGGCUUCCUGAUAGGGGCUGUGAAUCUCAAAUCCAGCAACCGAAACCCAGUAGUGCAGGAAUUUGAAAGUGUAGAAUUGUCUUGUAUCAUUACGGAUUCACAGACAAAUGACCCUAGGAUUGAAUGGAAGAAAAUCCAAGAUGACCAAACCACAUACGUGUUUUUUGACAACAAAAUUCAAGGGGACCUGGCAGGUCGUGCAGAACUAUUGGGGAAAACUUCCCUGAAGAUCUGGAAUGUGACACGGACAGACUCGGCCCUCUAUCGCUGUGAGGUUGUUGCUCGGAAUGACCGCAAAGAAAUUGAUGAAAUUGCCAUUGAAUUAAUUGUGCAAGUGAAGCCAGUAACCCCUAUCUGCAGAGUGCCAAAGGCUGUCCCUGUAGGCAAGGCAGCAACGCUGCAGUGCCAGGAGAGCGAGGGCUAUCCCCGGCCUUACUACAACUGGUAUCGCAAUGAUGUGCCGCUGCCAACGGAUUCCAGAGCCAAUCCCAGAUUUCGAAAUUCCUCUUUUCUCUUAAACUCUGAGACAGGCACUCUGGUUUUCAGCGCUGUUCAUAAGGAGGACUCUGGGCAGUAUUAUUGCAUUGCUUCCAAUGAUGCAGGCUCAGCCAAGUGUGAGGAACAAGAGAUGGAAGUCUAUGACCUGAACAUUGCUGGAAUUAUUGGGGGUGUUCUGGUUGUUCUUGCUGUCUUGGCCCUCAUAACGUUGGGCAUCUGUUGUGCAUAUAGACGCGGCUACUUCAUCAACAAUAAGCAAGAUGGAGAAAGUUACAAGAGCCCAGGGAAGCCUGAUGGAGUUAACUAUAUCAGGACAGAUGAGGAGGGUGACUUCAGACACAAGUCAUCGUUUGUGAUCUGAGACCUGGCGGUGUGGCUGAGAGCAUAUGCAGAUACCUCUACUAGAAAGAAACUCCUGUCAAGGGCAGUCAUGAGCCAAGUGCACUUGGACAAAGCUAGACACUCAUGCAGAAGCACAAGGUCUUCAGUUGCCAUUUCCAGUAAUAACUUCAGAAAAGGAUUUGCAUGCAGUGCCUCAUUCCAUGGUCCCGCAGGUCUCUUCUUAAGGCUCUGGUGAUCAGUGUUGUUGUGUCCAUCUUGGAGAAUCUUUUUGGAUCAUCAUUUUAUAAAAACAACCAAAAUCAGGAAGGUAAAUGGCUUGCUGGAAGAGGGUUCUUCUUACCCAAAGAAUCCUGCUAGUCCAUGAAGGUAUAAGGAUUUAAGGAAAACUUCAUCUUUGGCUAAAGUCUGAAAUGGUACUGAAAGAUUUUCAGUGGGUCUUGCUUAUUUUAUAAAAUUUUACAUUCUAAAUUUUUCUAAAGAUGUAUUUUGAUUAUUGAAAAGAAAAUUUCUAUUUAAACUGUAAAUAUAUUGUCAUACAGUGUUUUAAAAACUAUUUUUUUUAAGAGUUUCACUUAAGAUAGAAGUUCUAAGCUACUAGUAUUAAAUUGGAAAGUACCAAUAGUUGAGAGUAUUUUACCCAAUGAAUCCUCUCAAGGAGACUUACUAGAACAUUGCUUUGUUCAUGUGCUUUAGCAUUUUUCAUUAGAAAACUUAUGCCAUGUGUACCUCAGACCAUUGUUACUUAGGAAACUUUUAGAAAAUUCCAGUCUAGCCCUGUUGACAUCUGCUUGCAUCUCUCCAAAAGAAACUUAGGGAGCUCUCAGGUUAGCUCUGAACUGCCUUUUCCUGAGAUCACAACUGCCUGUGCCCGGAGACUGCCAAAGAAGCCCUUAGACACCUGUAGUGACCACGAUGAUACAUUUUUGGAGUUAAGUCAGAUACCAUGACUUGUAGGUGCUGGUGAGAAGACCCACUGUGUCUUCACACCUUACCACAGCUGUGUCCCUAUUAGCUUCAGUAGUGUUAUUUGCUGUAUAGCUCUUAGAGGUUCUAAUGUGGCCACUUAGGAAACUUGGUGUCUUCUGUGUGGCAUCCCAGCCUUAAGGUUCCUGAGACAGACCUUCUUUUGGUUGUAGCUGGCUCACAAAUCAGCCAUUGCUAUUUGGUUUUUAAGUUAAUUUUAAUUGUGUAGUUCAUAAGACUGUCUAGGCCAAAGGCCAUUUUGAAACCAGAUCUGUCAACUUAAGUAAUAUUUUUAAAAGAAAAUGAAUCCAGCUGUUUCUCUUUGCUAUGAAGAAAGCACCCUGACACCAUAGGUUCUCUCUCUCUUUCAUAAUAAACCAUUAUGUGGUGGCAGCCAGUCCAGCCUUUUGAAGACUAUAAGGAAGUGCAGCCAGGUCAAAGCACGAUGGUGAGGAAAGUAAAAUGCCUGCCUUAAUCCAAAGCAGUUUUCUAAUUUUAAUUUUAACUCUUUUAUCUACCUGAGACACUGUUCACUUUGUGAGAGACAUUAGAAACUUGGCCUAAAAGCCUUUGUUCUUCAAGAGUAGAUUUUUCAGCUUCAAAUACAGUGCUGUGUUGGACUCAUGAUGUGAAGUGGGUUGAAUCAAGGAGCUUCUCAGAGGUGCGCCUAAUUCCAUGUGUGCCUGGAGGGUGGCUUUUUUGUAGAAUGUAGUCACCUUGUAAUUCAGAUUUCAGUGUCUUAAUUUUUUUAAUACUUUUGGUUUUUUUAAUUGAAUACUUGAGACAUGAUGACUUUAAUUUAAAGUUAUAUGAAAUAUUGUGUUGUGGGAUAUUUGGCAGGAACAGCAGGCAACUCUCCCACACUUUGUCAGUGGUACCAGUCUUGCAUUUGCAUCUUGAAUGCUUAGAGUUGAGACUUGUUUUUUCAUGUCUGCCACCUCCUGGAAGGAAGGAGGUCACUCCCCCAGUCUCUAACUGCUGAGGAAUAACAUGCUAGCCUUUUUGGCUGUAAUAGUGAUAGGGUGGCCUUAUUACCUCCCUUCUUACACCCUAGAGCCUUCUGCCCUAGUGCCAUAGAACUGGUUCUGAUGCGUGGAACUUGGGAAACUGUUAACUAUAACUGUAAAACUACAUACAGAGAAGGAGCACCCAUGUUUCUUUAAGAUGUUCUCUGGCCUGACAUGGAUGUUGCUGUACAUAGUUGUUACAGACUUGUACUAACACACCUAUAAUGUGGUAUUUGUUUAAACCUCAU